AACGAUCGAACAGAACAAAGUAUUAAACGUCAAAAGUUGAUUACACGCGUCUAUUUGAUAUUAUUAUUUGGUAAAGUUUUAUAAACUUUAGAAAAAAAAAAGAAAAUCAAUCUUAUGAUUUUAUUUCAUUUCUUUGCGAUAUUAGGUUCAAUUUGUACUGUUGGUUUAUUUUCAUCAUUAAAUAGUGAAAUUGUAACAUUAAGAACGGAAACGAAUAUAACAAAGGAAACGUAUAGUUCUUUAGAACGUCUAUAUUCUAGUACACUUCGAUGUCCAUGUUCAAACAAAGCAAUACCUUAUGAGAAAUUUAUUUCAUUAUCGCCACGUUUUCAUCAAAUAUGUUCAAGUGAUUUCACCCAUAGUAGUUGGAUUAAGAUAAUGCAAAGCUUUCGCCAUCUAUAUUCCGAUGAUUGGCGUUAUCGUGUAGAUCUACAAUUUCAGUUUUUGUCUGAUUUUUGUCAUUUAGCUCGACAGACGAUCUAUGAUGCCAUUGUUCGAUAUCGUUCUCAAUUGUUUAUUGUUUCUUCUGUAAUGAAUGAAACAGAAUUUUACAAACAAACCAAUACAAGUUUCAAUCAAUUUAAUCAAUCAACUGUUUAUAAUUUUCGUAUGAUGACGAAUGUUUUACAACUAUUGCUGCAGAUAGAUCAACUAUAUAAUGAAUCAGUGAUACAUAUUCAUAGACUGUCUUAUUAUGUUGGUUUAAUAGACGAUGUCAUGGAAUAUGAUAGUGACAAGAAUCAACUAUACAAAUAUAACUUUCUGUUAAAUGAAAUGGAUUUAACAACGGGCAGAUGUGUUUGUGCCAUAAAUCCAUAUUGUCAAACACCAACUGAAAAUGGUCUUGGUUUUAUCACUCAUGAGAUUCUGUUUCCUGGCGAACCAAGUUCGAUUCGACGUUGUUUUGCUCUCGAUUCUCUUCUUUCUACAUCACUUCAAUGUUUAUAUGAAGAUUCUGAUUGCUUUCCAUUAUUAAUGGCUAAGUUGUACGCUAUAUUUGAUACGUUUUCUUUGACUGAUUUUAGCCCAUUAAUUUAUAAUCCAGCAACAACUCUAUUUCCUCCAAAUAUAAGUGUUUCAAUCAUGUUUAAAGAAAUGAUGAUCGAACAAUGGAAUCCAUCCGUGUCUUAUAAAUCAUUUUUUGAAUCAUGUGCACCUACUUAUUGUACUUAUUCUCAAAGAAUGCAUAAAGAAAAUUUUCUUGGAGUGAUCGUAACGUUAAUAGGAAUGAUUGGUGGUAUUAUAGUUUCAUUAAGAUUUGUGACACCUUAUCUUGUUAAAAUUAUUAUUACAUUAUUGAAAAAACUUAAGAAAAAUAGACAACAACAAGAACGAAGAGAACGAGGUAAAUUUGAUUAA